AUGAAUGUCGUCCUCUCCAGGGACAGCCAGGUACGGGUGAUGGAGGACACAGUGACCCACGCCGAGAAGUACUUUGGCCAGUUCUGCACACUGCUGGCCUCCUACACACGCAAGACGGCCCGGCUGCGGGACAAGGCUGACCGACUGGUCAAGCAGCUGCUGGACUUCGCCAACACUGAGAACCCCGAGAUGCGGGCCGCCAUGAAGAACUUCGCGGAGGACCUGGCCAAAGUGCAGGACUACCGGCAGGCCGAGGUGGAGAGACUGGAGACCAAGGUGGUCAGCCCCCUGAAACUUUACGGGGCACAGAUAAAGCAGACACGGGCGGAGAUCAAGAAAUUCAAACGUGUCCAGAGUAACGAGAUCAAACAGCUGGAAAAACUGGAGAAACUGAGGUAUAAGUCACCAUCAGACAGACAAAUGAUCUCACAGGCGGAGAGCAGUGUGCAAAGGGCCUCAGUGGAUGCCAGGCGUACGACCCACCAGCUGGAGGAGACGGUGGACGCCUUCCAGAAGCAGAAGCUGAAGGACCUGCAGAAAAUAUUUUUGGACUUUGUCACCAUUGAGAUGGUCUUCCAUGCCAAAGCUGUGGAGGUGUAUUCCAGUGCCUUCCAGACGCUGGAGAAAUAUGACCUAGAGAGAGAUCUGGAGGAUUUUAGAGCCAAGAUUCGGAGUGUUUGUGGGCAGCCUGACACUGCCUGGCCGCUCUCAGGCACCAGCCCACCCCCCACCGUCCCGAGGCUUCUUGUCAGCCAGAGUGCUCAGAACACCAAGGAGAGCCAAAGGAAGGAGGCCAGUGAGGACGACUCUGCUGAGGAACACUCCGUGGAGGACCUGAGGGGACAGGGGCAGGGCCUCCAUCAGUAGGAUGUCCUUUGGACAGUGGGAGCUCAGUCAACACAGGGGGCUUGCUGUGCCCCCUACAAGUCACGUGUCCCGAGUGUUUCCUCAUCUGUACAAAACGGUCUACACCACUCACGUCCCAGGAACGUGGCAGAUCAAAGUGGCUGGUGCACAGAAGGUGCUCAAUAAAUGUGGCAGCC